AUGGCGUCGGAAUCUCUUCAUCAGGUGAUAUUUGAACAUGACGGAGUGUUCAUCCAUCCAAGCAGCGAGGAGGAGGAGCUGGACCAGGACUUGUUGAUCUCUGGGACCCUGCGCCUUAUGGAUAAGGAUGCUGAGAUGCUGGUGGAGUACAGGCCUCUGGAGGACACAGUGGACCCCACACAUAUGCUCUGUGCUGGAAAGGAUUCCAGCUCUGUGGUGCAGUGGGGCCAGACUUCAGGAGACCGAGUGUUGGAGACACAGCACAGCUAUGAGACCGAGUGGGACAUGAUCAACGCAGUGAGCUUCAAGAAGAGACCCUGCUCCAACGGCUCCAGCGGCUCCAACGGAGAGGGUUCGCUCGCGCACAGUCAGGAGCGGAGCCGCUGGUUCUUCUCCUUCAGCCUCAGAGACCUGCGCUCUGUCACAGUAAAGCAGGAGGGGUGGAGCGUCCUGCUGUUUAAACUCCGAGACGGGUCCGCGUGUCUGCCCCCACUGCACUUCCACCAUGGGGGGAGCGAGGGAUUUGUGGAGGCGCUGCGGAGAUACGCCCUGCUGUCGGAAUGUCCAGAGGACGAGUCGUGUCUCUUGGUGAGCACCCCAAACAAAGCUUUGUCCCAGUCGUUUGAAAACCUGCUGGAUGACAACAACUACGGCCUGGUCAACAAGAUGAAGAAGGACCCUUACGUCACCACUCUUGGUGGAUUCUCCAAAGUGACCAACUAUUUGUUCGACGCUUUGCGGGGGACUGAGGAGCAGACGCGACGCCCCCCAGAGGAGAUGGCAGAACUACUUGGCGAGGUGAUCCCAGGACUGGACAUAAACCAACAGGAAGAGCCCGGCUUCGAGGUCAUCACCAGAAUUGACCUUGGCCCUCGUCCGACCGUCUGCAGAGGAGAACCGGUCUCUGUGGAGCAGUGGAACCAGAACCAAGACUCAGAGGGACGAGUCCGAGGAGUGAGCCAACUCAAAGACCUCAUCUUCAAAGGGGGCCUUUCUCACGCCAUCAGGAAAGAGGCCUGGAAGUUUCUAUUAGGAUAUUACCCCUGGAGCAGCACUGCAGAGGAGAGAAAGUGCCUGCAGAAGAGCAAGAUAGACGAGUAUUUCUGCAUGAAGCUUCAGUGGAAAUCUGUGAGUGAAGAACAAGAGCGGAGGAACAGUCGGCUGAGGGACUAUCGCAGUCUGAUUGAGAAGGACGUGAACCGCACCGAUCGCACAAACAGAUUUUACGAGGGUCUGGACAAUCCAAGUUUAGUCCUGCUACACGACAUCCUCAUGACCUACUGCAUGUACGACUUCGACCUGGGUUACGUCCAGGGCAUGAGCGACCUGCUGUCCCCCAUCCUCUACGUCAUGGAGAACGAGGUGGACGCCUUCUGGUGCUUCGCCUUCUACAUGGACCAGAUGCAUCAGAACUUUGAGGAGCAGAUGCAGGGGAUGAAGACUCAGCUGGUGCAGUUGGGGUCUCUGCUGCGGCUGCUGGACCUGUCCUUCUGGAAUUACCUCGAGUCCCAAGACUCUGGGUUCCUGUACUUCUGUUUCCGCUGGCUGCUGAUUCGAUUCAAACGAGAGCUGAGCUUCCAGGACGUGAUGCGAUUAUGGGAGGUCAUGUGGACGGACCUGCCCUGUCAGAACUUCCACCUGCUCGUGUGCUGCGCAAUCUUAGAUUCUGAGAAGCAGAAGAUCAUGGAGGAAAACUACGGCUUUAACGAGAUUCUCAAACACAUAAACGAGCUGUCCAUGAAGCUGGACAUCGAGGAGAUCCUCCACAAGGCUGAAGGCAUCUGUCUGCAGAUCCGGAGCUGUAAGGACCUCCCACGUUCUGUCAGCUCCAUCCUUGGCUUCUUGUCUGAAUCCUCUGACCUCAGACCAUGUCAGAAAACAGAAAACUCAAACGGACACUGCACAGACUCUGUCCUGGCCUCGUAA